AUGGCACCUCGUCGUCAAUCAUCGGGUAGUGAUCAAGGAAGGUUAAUAGCUGCUGAAACUGCUAAAUUACAUACGAAUGAAGCUGCAGCACAUUUAACAGCUGAACAUUAUUCAGAAGCGCUUCAUUCUUAUAAUCAGGCUUUGGAACUAAAACCAAAGGAUAAAGAUGCUUUAGUGGCGCGUAGUAGAUGUUACAUAUUACUGGGAAAACCAAAACAUGCUUUAAAAGAUGCUGAAACAGCAUUGGAAAUUCAUCGAAACUAUAUACCAGCACUGUAUCAAAAGGCUGAAGCAUUAUACCAUUUAGGCCAAUUUGAAUAUAGUUUAAUGUUCUUCCAUCGAGGCUUACGAAAACGACCAAAGGUGGAAAAAUUUCGUUUAGGUGUUCAAAAAGCACAAGAGGCUAUAAUAAAUACGAUUGGGCCAACAGUUAAAUUGGGUACGAAUUAUGUUGACUCUCAAGGCUCAUCAGCCAGAUCUGAUAGACCAAUGCCGGAAGACACAAUGGAAAUUAAAGGCGAAAGUGAUUCAAAUCAAGCACAAAAUAUUGUUAAAACUCCGCAAUUAACUCUAUCCCCAAUUCCGUCAAAUGUGAAAUCGAUAUCACAUACCCCAGAAAAUAAAAGACCUACAUCAGUUCUCUCUACAAAAAGUAUCAAUUCAAAACCAUUAUUAGGAGCAUUGACAGCGGAUAAAUUAUACUUGGAAAAAUUGGUAAAACAUCCACAUUUAAUAUGUUUGUCAAAAGAGAACAAACAUGUGGUCUCAAAUGCGUCCGAAGCUUUAGAAUAUUUAAAUACAAGAGAGAAAUUUUGGGAACAACAAUUUUUACCUCCGAAAAUUUUUACCACGUAA